AUGGUUGAGCAUGUAUCUCUUUCAAUUGAGGAAACAAACAAGUUGAGAAUUUCAUUGGGUCUUAAGCCUAUCGAACCUCCUGCUGACAAGAACAGUGACCACUCAGUGAAGAUUGAAGAUGGCGAUGAGUCAGGCAAGAGUUCAAGUUACGACAAAAGCGCAUUCAUAGACCCCAAAAUUGCAAAACUACGAUGGAAUUUGCAGAGAGUACAGUCGAAAGCUCAGGAAAAUACUAUUUUGAGUGACGGUAAAGACGAUGACAGCCAGGAUUGGAUUGAAAACGUUAAGGUGAAGGGAAGGUCAGCCCGUCCGACAUUGGCGAAGAGCUAUUACGAUGAAGAUAACGAAAAUGAAGACAGUGAAGAUCAGUCUCGACUGCGAGUGUCACACCAAUUGUCGGAAAUAGUGCCUGGCAAAAACGUCAUCCUCACGCUCAAGGAAUCUGAAGUGGACACGGACGAUGUUGAGGACACUCUGAUAAACGAGGGACUAGCCCAUGACAAGGAACAAGCCAAAAACAUGGGUUUGAAAAGGAUGAAUCAAGAACGGAAACGCCAAAAAAUAUCAAUUGGGAGGGGCCAUCUGGAGGACGACGACAACGACGAUAACAACCUGGACGCCGAUUCGAAAAUCUAUCUAGUUGGAAGUGAAAUAAUAGGGAAUCAGCCAGAUAAGCAGGCUCAGAAAGAAAGUCGAGAUGGCCAGAAAAUUUACGUUGGAAGUGAAUCAGACGAUAGAGAAGACGUAGCUCAAGAAGCAUCUGACUUCGCUGCCGUUAAGAUCAAAAAACGCAAGAAACUCAAUGCGAAAACUGCCUCCAACAAGCGGUCGAGGCCGACUUCUCAGGCCCCAAGAGUCGCUCUUGUAGACGAGGACUUUGUCGACUCAGCCGAAGAGGAGAUGCAGGACUUUCUCAAGGUCCGUAAUCCCAAGCAGCGCGACCGCGAAGAAAGUAACAAGACACCAGAGGAGAUAGCCAGAGAAGUGGAACAAGAGAAAAAGGAAAGAGCCUCCCACGUACGAAAUAUGAAUUACGCACAAGGCAUUACGAUAGAUGAAAACAGUGCGUUUUUAUCGAGUCUUAAGGCAGACCUGGUCACUGGGAAGGGCGAUUCUUCAGAAACGACGUUUCAGAAAGUUGAUUUGAAGGCAGCAGUAGCUGAUCCCGAAUACUCUCAGAGUGCAAAAUCAAAACAUGUAUACUCUAGUGACGACGACGAAGAUCAUCACGACAAUGACGAAUAUAAUGGGGGAAAAGCCAGCGCCAGCGGCGAAGAUACUGGUGUCAAUUUUCAGGACGGUUUAGCAGCAACGCUAGGGUUUUUACGAGAUCGCAACGUGCUCCCAGCACAGCGCGCCGGAGGAGCCUCUGUCGAUAGCAAUGACUCAAAGGUGACAGAGCUUCUUGCACUUCGACAGCAGCAGGUGGCUCGCAAAGUUCGCGAUCAAUUUGCCCAAGAACUAGCACAGGGAAAUGUCCGCUACAAUAAAGAGGAAUUAGAACAACUGCAACAGCUGCAAGAACAGGAGAUCAGCAAGCGCAAUCAAAAUCUCCAGAGACAAAGACUGGCGACUUACAACCCUGACGUCAAUCUUACCUACAAGGACGAGGCCGGACAUGUGCUGACGACCAAAGAGGCCUACAAGAAGCUGUCACAGGCGUUCCACGGCACCCGAUCGAACCGUAAGAAGCACAUCAAAGCGCAACAAAAGGUACGAGACAGAAACAAAAACCAAGAUACCUACAUAGCUUAA